GUAAAAGAGGAGAACGUACUUUUAGUUCGCUCAAUUUAGACAGAACAAGAACUUACACUUAACUCUAACGUGUUGUUUGAUGUAAAGGCAUAACCAAUCCGGCAUCAGUAUUUAUUCAUUUAUAUAAUACACAAAUGAAAAUUAGCCUUACCGUUGUACAUUUACCCUGGCCUUCACCCCCCUUGCUCAGACAUGGUCCGCUCCUUCCCGGUUCGAAGCUGGAAGCGGGAGGAAGUAGUUGCUGCGUCGCCGGUUGUUGAUGUUUCUUGGGGGAGAGGAAUCACUAUAGGAUGGACACAACUACACGUUUAAAGUCUCUGUUGCUGGCUGUCCAGCAGUAUAGAGACAGCAGGACGGCGCAGAAUGCAGCCCACUUGCAGGAACAAGUGGAGGGGGUGUCAGGUCUUAAAUGUGACCAGCUGCUGUCCUCAGGCCAGGUUCUGCCCCGUGAGUGUGUGAGUGGACUGGUUGAGCUGGCUGGAAACCCAUACACCAGCCUGACCCUCACAAGCUCCAUCAUUUCCCUGCUGUCACAACUAGCCUGUGAUGAUGACAGUCGGGAGAUUCUUCACAGCAUCUACAACCUCAGCAGCACUCUGGCGUCUGUCAUCCACUGCCACAGCACCACACCAGGAGAGCCCCUGGUGCUGCAGUGUUUGCAGGUGCUGCAGAAACUGACUUACAACGCUCGCGUCUUCCAGUCUACAAACUACAUCCAUGAGCUCAUUGCUUUUCUUAUGACUAACAUCCAGUCUCACAAUGACAACAUCAUCAUGCCAUGCCUUGGCCUCAUGGCCAACCUGUGUCGAGACAACCACUCAGUGCAGAGUUACAUCAAGUCUCUGGACAAUGUGAAGCCAUUCUACCGUACUCUGAUCAACUUCCUGGCUCACAACAGUCUGACUGUGGUGAUCUUCACGUUGUCCAUCCUGGCCAGCCUCACUCUGAAUGAGAGGGUUGGAGAGAAGCUCUUUGAUGCAAAGAACAUCCACCAGACUUUUCAGCUUGUGUUCAACAUCAUUGUGAACGGCGACGGCACUGUGACAAGAAAAUACUCUGUCGACCUUUUGGUUGAUUUGUUGAAAAACCCCAAGAUAGCAGAUUACCUUACCAGGUAUGAGCACUUCUCAGCAUGUGUGUCUCAACUUCUAGGACUGCUGCAAUCAAAAGACCCCGACUCUGCAGCAAAGUCUGCUAACUUUUUUACUUUCUCCUCUUCUCUUCCCCUUCAUGUGGCUUCCUCUCUCUCUGUCCAGGAGGCAUUGGGAGCAGAGAGUGUGUCUGAAUGUGUGCUGAGUUUCGUAGAAAUGUUGCUUCCUGUCCUGUUAGGGCUGCUGAGGGGCCUUGAUCCUGCACAGGGAGACGUUCACCUCAGAAAACACUGCCACCGCAUCACACAUGUCACCAGCCUGCUGCUUAUCCUGUGUGCUGAGGACUCCACCAGAUCCUUGGUGUCCCAUCAUGUGAGUGCUCAGCUCUGCCUCUCGCAGGUUGAAUCCCUCCUCUCCUGUUGUCAUAGCAACAGCCCUCUCACCUGCCACCUCCCAAGCUCUGACAACGAUCUCAGUCAGGUGUGUGCAGAAGCUUUGCUGACGACUCUUGAGUUGAUGAGCAAGCUGAGACAACAGGUGAAGGACAUGGAAACCAGCUUCUACAGGAUGUUACAGGACCAGAGGACAGUGAUGCCCCUCUCUCUGGCCCUGACAUCCCACCACAGAAAGCGUGUGCAGACUGGACUCUGUCUGUUGUUUGAAGCCUCACCCCUCCCAGACUUUCCCUCUCUAGUUCUGGGUGAAAGUAUGGCCGCCAACAACGCCUAUCGCCAGAAGGAGGCUGAGCUGUCUGUCAGACAUGUUGCAGUGCAGGAGUUCCCACCUUCCAGUGUAAUGGACUCUGCCAGUGGCUCUAGCAAGAGCGUCCACAAUCUGGCAGAGACGAUACAGAACACCUUAGAGCUGCGGGAACAGGUUAAUCACUCACAUGUGUCCGAGAUCAUCGAUGUUUACGAACAGAAGCUCUCUGUGUUUGCGUCUGAGGAGAGUCGUCUGCAGGACUUGUUGAAGGCAAAGGCUGUGGCUCUUUUUGAGGCCGAACGUCUUAUCGCUCAGUAUCGCUUCAAGCAAGCUCAAGCUGAGGCCGAGGCCCGUAAGCUAGGCUCCCUGCUAAAGGAGGCUGAGCGUCGUCGUGAAGAUCUGCAGGGAGAGCUGAGCGGCCAGGUGCUAGAGGUGGAGCGCUCUAAGACUGACAUGGCGGAGCUGCUGCAGCACAAUGCCAGGCUUCAGAAGGACUCGGAGGAACACCAGGCCCUCAAAGGAGCCUACAAUGCCCUGCUACACAGAUUCAACGAGAGCGAGCGACUGCUCAAGGAGCUGCAGACAGCUCACAUCGCACUCACCAAACAGAACGACACUCUGAGGAAGAACCACGAAGCACUGCAGCUGCAGCAUGAGAAGAUGGCAUCAGUGUUGGAGGAGAGAGAUGAGGAGAUCAGAUCCCUCCGUUCAAAUCUACAGCAGAAGAACAGCGAGAUCACAGGUCUGCGUGGUGAACUGCAGGCCAAGGAGGAGAAGGUUAAGGAGAAGGAUCAAGAGAAGAGAGAUCUGGAGGAGAUGGUGGAUGUUUUGAGGGAGGAGCUGAACAAGACAGAGCAGGCCAGGAAGGAUCUCAGCAUCAAGGUGUCGUCUUUGGAGCUGCAGAAGAAUCAGCUGGAGACGAAGCUCAACAAACAUGCAACUAUGAUCGCCAUGAUCCACAACCUCAGCAGUGGCAAGAUGAAGAAUGAAAGCCUGCCGCUUUGAGAGACGCACUGUAUGGGCAUGGAUUAGUCUAUAGAUAUUUUAAAACAGAUCUGCAAAUAUAUGGACCAAUUUCCCAUAUGAAAAAAUAUCUGAAUACAUUUAAUUAAUUUACAAGAAAGUAAAAAGCAUGUGUGAAUAUCUUUCUGACAUUUUUAACUUUUAAACAGGUAUUUCUGAACCCAGUUUAUAUUUGUAGAUCAAAAAGACAUUUGUGGAUCUUAAGGGUGGGACUCUCAACAAUUUGAUAAUGAUUAUCGAUGCAUCAAUUCUUAAAAUUUCAAUACAUGUUUUUUUUAACAUAGUAUACUGUAUAUGUAAUAAUCCCUAAUUAAAUAAACAGAUGAAUUUUGAA